GGCUGCCUGCGCUUAUAAAGGGCGUUAUAAGCAGCUCGGAACGGGAUGAGCUCCGCCGGGACGUAAGCAGAUCAGAGCAAAAAGCAGCAGAUAAAGGCCGUUAUAAGUAGCGGCGCGUAGGACGUCGAGCGGAGGAGCGGCUGUGCUGUGGAGGAGAGAUCGAUGGCGAUGGGCAGCGCGAGGAGCAGCCUGGAGAUCGUGCCGCACAGCGGCGGCGACGUCGAGGUGCCGCCGGCGGACGUGCCGCGGCAGGACUCGCUCUACCGCGACGCCACCAGGCCCGCCCACGGCGGCCACCAUGGACAGGACAACUGGGUGAGGACGCUGCGGCUGGGAUUCCAGUGCGUGGGCAUCCUCUACGCCGACCUCGGGACGUCGCCGCUCUACGUCUUCUCCAACACCUUCAAGUACGGCGUCGGGCACGAGGACGACGUGCUGGGCGUCCUCUCCCUCAUCAUCUACAGCUUCCUCCUCUUCGCCAUGGUCAAGAUCAUCUUCAUCGCGCUCUACGCCAACGACGACGGCGAUGGGGGAACGUUCGCCCUCUACUCGCUGAUCUCGCGGUACGCGAGGGUGGCGCUGAUCCCGAACCAGCAGGCGGAGGACGACCUCGUUUCUACCCACCGAUAUCUGUCGGCGACGGGGAGGAGGGCGCAGUGGAUGAAGAACCUGCUGGAGACGAGCAAGCCGGCAAAGCUCACGCUCUUCUUCCUCACCAUCUUCGCCACGGCGCUCGCCAUCAGCGACUGCAUGCUAACCCCUCCCAUCUCCGUACUAUCGGCAGUCAACGGCCUGAAACUGAGAGCGCCUCACCUGACAACAGAUCAAAUAGUCUGGAUCACAGUGGGUAUUCUGAUACUGUUCUUCGCGGUGCAACACCUCGGGACCGACAAGAUCGGUUACACGUUCGCUCCGCUCGUCGUCGUGUGGCUUCUCCUCAUCGCCGGUAUCGGGCUUUAUAACCUGAUCAAGUACGAUAUCGGCACCCUGAGGGCAUUCAACCCCAAGUACAUCUUCGACUAUUUCCGGAGGAACAAGAAGAAGGGAUGGGUUUCGCUCGGUGAAAUCCUUCUUUGCUUUACAGGCACGGAAGCCCUCUUUGCUGAUCUAGGAUACUUCAGCAUAAAGUCCAUUCAGCUGAGCUUUAGCUUUGGCUUACUCCCAUCCGUCCUGCUCACUUAUAUCGGGCAAGCAGCUUACCUCAGGAAGCACCUGGAUAUGCAAAUAUCCAACGCUUUCUUCAAUUCCAUUCCAAGCACUUUGUUCUGGCCGACGUUCGUUCUCGCGCUUCUGGCUUCGGUCAUCGGGAGCCAAGCCAUGGUCUCGUGCGCCUUCGCGACCAUGUCACAUCUGCAAACGCUUAGCUGCUUCCCGAGGGUGAAGAUACUGCACACGUCACGGCGUUACUCGGGCCAACUGUACAUCCCUGAAGUCAACUUCUUCCUUUGCGUGGCUUCCUGUAUCGUCACCCUAAGCUUCAGGACAACCGGUUUCAUCGCCAAGGCACAUGAGAUCUGCGUGGCUCUUGUGAUGGUGAUCACGACGCUCCUGAUGACGAUCGUGAUGCUCCUGGUGUGGAAGGUGAACAUCUGGUGGAUCGCCGCCUUCUUCGCCGUCUUCAUGUCCACGGAGACCGUCUACCUGUCGGCGGUGCUGUACAAGUUCACCCAGGGCCCCUACUUCCCGCUGGCCAUGUCGGCGGUGCUCAUGGUGAUCAUGAUCGUGUGGCACUACGUGCACGUGAAGCGCUACAAGUACGAGCUCCAGCACACGGUGUCGCCCGACGAGGUGAGGCACCUCCUCGAGCGCCAUGACCUCAAGCGGGUCCCGGGCCUCGGCCUCUUCUACACGGAGCUGGUGCAGGGCAUCCCGCCCAUCUUCCCCCACCUCAUCGAGAAGAUCCCCACCGUCCACUCCGUCAUCGUCUUCAUCUCCGUCAAGCACCUGCCCAUCCCGCACGUCGACGUCCAGGAGCGCUUCCUCUUCCGGCAGGUGGAGCCCAAGGAGAGCAUGGUGUUCCGCUGCGUCGCUCGCUACGGCUACCGGGACACCCUCGAGAUGGCCGGUGACUUCGUGGCCACCCUCGUCGAGUACCUCCAGUACUAUGUCCGGGACCUCAGCCUCUACUGCACGGCCGAGCCGCUCAGGACGAGCUACCCUAGCAUUCGGAUCGACAGCUUUAGGUGGGAGAAGAAGCCCUCGGGGCAUGGGCAUGGCAUCCAUGCCGAGGAGAUGCUUACACCCAUCCAAUCCUUCUCUGAGCUCACAAUGCAUCAAGUUGGUAUGAGCAACCGGCUGCCGCAAUUUCAGACGGCCAAGAUGAACCUAGAGGAGAUGUUGAGAAUUGAAGAGGACCAAAAGUUGAUCCAACGGGAGGUGGAUAAUGGUGUGGUGUACAUACUUGGGGAGACUGAAGUGGUGGCCAAGCCUCACUCCAACCUCCUUAAGAAGAUUGCCGUCAACUACAUCUUCGAUUUCCUACGGAAGAACUCUCGGAAAGGGGAGAAGAUGUUGUCCAUUCCACGCGGGCAACUCCUUAAGGUUGGUAUCACAUAUGAAAUAUAAAUUUACAGAGCAAGCAGACGGAUUAUGUGCACAAAGGAUCCAUGUAGAUAUGUGCACCAUGCAUGCAUGCCGAAGACCAGACUUCAUGUGUUUGUUCAUGGAAUUUACGGGCGUACGGAUAUAUGUCUAUGGGGCAGAAUGAAUGCAUUCCAUAUGUAGAAGAACGGAUGUACGCAGGUCGGUCCUCCCCCUCGUAGGCAUCUUAUUGGUCAAAUUGGCUAUGUAUUUUGCCUCCUCUUGACGUGUAUGCGUGAUGUUAGUUGUGUGCAUCCUAAGUAUACAUAGGUCAGGUAUGAACUCGUUAUGCUUGUAUGCCCUUGAUGUGACUAUAAGUUAAUAAAAGCGCCAUUUAUCAAAAA